CGGAAUCGCACCUGCCUCUCUCGCCAUGGCGUCGAACAAGGAGAACGAGACCCCCGCGCCUGUGCGUGCGUCCAAGUUCAGAGAGGCCACGAUGAACAGCACGAGCUCCAUCCAUGCUCCGCCCGAUAUGCUGUGGGACGAUCUGGGCAUCGAGGGCCUGAUUGAGAAAUACAACCAGGAGGCUAAUGCCCCUGCUGCUGCUGCUACUGCUGCUGCUGUUGUCCGUAAAAGACUCGAGCGAGUUGCUGUGGGCGAGAGCUCCGCGGUGAUGACGCCCGCACCCGUAUCCUCGGUUGCGCCUGCCGCUGAAGGACCGCUCGGCCGGUUUUCUCGUGCCGUCGCGAGCUUCUUCAAUGGAGCCACGUUCUCGGCGCUCGGGAAGCGGAAGGCGGGCAAUGAGCAUGCAGAGAAGGGCCUCAAGGAUAGAGAUAGCCAUGCACCUGGCCAAGCCGGAGGCGAUGAUGAUAGGAAGAAGAGAGCUGAGGCAGCGUACAAGGAAGCCAAGGAGCUGGGCUUGCUGCCGACACCCAAGGUGUUCGUGCGCCCUGUGUCGCGGGCUCGCAAAGCUAGUAUGCCAUCCAACCUCCUCCCAGACACACCGACGCCUACUCCGAGCGCCCUCGCCCCGCCGCAGACCCCCACGCUCCACAAGUCCCCCUCGAAGAAAGACCUCCACAAGCAGAAGAAGCUCUCCAAACGCGUCUCCGACCUCGAGCACAAGCUCGCCGAAGCCAGGAAGGAGCUUACCCUCGCCCUGGGAAGCCCCAGCGUGCCCCCCGUGCCGCCGCUCCCGUCCACCCUACCUCCAACCCCGAAUAGCUCCACGAACCACUUCUGGAGCGAGAACGAGCUCUCCCCCCACAAUCACGCCGAGUCCGCUUCCGCUUCCGCGUCCAAGCCCGCCGGCAAAAUCACCAAGAAGCGCAAAGCCAGUGGAGCAGAUAACGACGACGAAUACAAGCCCAUCCCAACGGAUAGCGAAAAGUCGCUCGAUUCCGAGCGCGAGAGCAAGAGGAGCAAGAAGAACGUGGUGCGGAAGAAGAGUUCGUCGCGGCUGACGAAGAAAAAGUCGACAGUCACGACGAAGGAGGAGGUUGUGAUUGUGGUGCCGGAUGGCGUUAGCGUGCCGCCAAUUCCUUCGAUUCCGAAGGGUGUUGAUGGGAAGCGGGCUGCGGUGAGUAGAAAGGAUGAUGGGUAUGGCGGGUUGGGGCAUGAGAUCUUUUGAUGUUAAUGUGUGUGUUUUCUUCUUCAGAUCAAGCGGUUCAAGCGUUUCUUCGGCAUUGGCGGGUAUUAGGCGUUGGAGGGCGACGGGAUGCGUUUUCGCGGCAUAGCGGGUGCGAGUUUGCGUUUGCCAUUGGUCUUUGAAGGCCUUUAGGAUGAGUUUGCGUUGUUUGGCUUUUUGUCUUGCUUGGUUCUGUUUUACUUACUUUUUGCAUGAGGUCUUGAUGGCCUCCAGCAUGGGUUAUGCGUUCACGAUGGUAUGAUGAGCACUUUGCUUCUUGUAUACAGUUUUGGUGGAUAGCAGUUUCU